AUGUCCGACCCCAAUAUGGAGAGUGACUUUCAGCUUUUUUCUUCACGAAACUCUGGUGGAGAUGAAACUGGAGGAAAUGGUCACUCGUUCACACAUCGAAGUGGAGAGAAUGUGAACCCAGAUUGGACUCAAUGGAUGCGAUGGGAUGAGCCAAUGUUCUCAGAAAGAGACCAAAAGCAGAUGGCCUCAUCUAUAGAUCUACCAUCUAUCUCCCCGCACACCGAUAUGAGUUCCCCGAGUCAUUUAAAUUACAGAGACUUCUCGCCCAAUCUUCCGCUCGGCUUGAUGGAGAUUCCAUCUGAGCCUAAUGCCGGGAACAACAUCGGGUACACUCACAGCCUGUCUGGACAAAAUCAGCACAUGAGUCAUCAACAAAACUUAGGUCUGGUGUCCCCAAUUUCAAGUGUUGGGACAAGCCGGAAGCGAAAGACGGGCAGCGAUGACGAUGCAACCACAGUGACUGGACCAGUGCAACCGGGCAAGAAAAUGCCCGCCAAAAAGCGAGCUCACAACGUCAUUGAGAAGCGGUAUCGCGCCAACUUGAACGAUAAAAUUGCCGAACUUCGCGACAGCGUUCCCAGCCUUCGGUCGACCAAGAACCCGAAUGGCGGCUCAGCCGAUGAUGACGACGAAGCUGAGGGAGCAAAUCCCGCGAACAAACUCAACAAAGCCUCAAUUUUGUCGAAGGCGACUGAGUACAUCAAGCAUCUGGAAAUUCGUAACCAACGUUUGGAGGACGAAAACACUGCUUUGAAGAACCGGCUUCGCCAGGCUGAUAAGGUAGCAGAUCAAGCCGUCACAUCAUCAGCCUCUGUUUCCUCGCCCAGCAACUACGCCUCAACAGAAUCGUGCUCCGGUACAUCACCUAGCGUGUUCUCUCAAGCGGAAGAGUUAUCCAAACCCCCGGAAGGCCUCCUGAAGGUUCCUGAUGCGUGGAAACGUAUGCGAGCUGAAACCCCGAAGCAAGGAGUAUUUGCGGAAUCCUACAUCAAAUACCCCUCGUCAUCCUCCUCUCAUCAACCGCAGUAUGCCACAGAGCAUGCUUCCACUCGACGUUCAAGGAUGCCCAACAAGUAUAUGCUGGGUGCCCUUGCCGGUCUGAUGGUCAUUGAAGGCAUGGGCUCUGACGAUUCCGAGUCCGAGUCGAAGGGCCUGUUUGCACUCCCAAUCAGUCUUCUCGGCCGUUUCCAAAUACCCAAACUGGCACCCUGGGAAUUUUACCUGAAGCACUUCUGGUACUCGUGGCAGGCGCGUGCAUUUGCCCAUUUCCUUAUGCUAGCAACGCUGGUCGUUGUUAGUGCCUUUAUCGUUUUUGUCUACUUGUUCAACGCGCAGCCUAUUACGCGGCGUGGCCCAUCCAAAUCGGUUUCUGAGGGUCCGGUUGCACCUCUUACCUCAAGUGAUUUCCGUCGGCAGGCUUGGCUGACUAGCAUGCAACGGGUCGGUGUUCCACGUCAUAGGUUCUUCCGAGAGUGGUAUGUUGUUACUUCGAGAUGCUUCGAAUACGUCUUACGAUGUUUCAUGGGAUGGAAACUCUACUCAUGGGCCACCGGAAUAACUGAGGAGGAUGAGAAGGGGCGAGUCAAAACUUGGGAUAUCGCAAUUGAUGCUCAGCUCACUGGUGGAGAUGCCGAGAUCAGCAAGAGUCGCCUUGUACUCACUAUUUUCGCUGCCGGCACACUUCCCUGCACUCCUACAAGAAUGAUAAUCAAAGCCUUGCAUGUCCGCAUUCUCUUGUGGAACGUUGGAGAAGCGGGCUCCUGGUCGUUCCAUGUGUCAAAUGACAUUGCACGAGCUCUCGCCAGAUUCCAGUGGGGUGUAGCUCGAGAAGUCAAUGCCGCGCUGCCUGAAGGUCACCCUGAUCAGCUUCCCCCUCAUCUUGCUGCCUUGGUCAAAUUAGAUUGCGAGGAUGUCAUGAUCGACAACAUCAUCCAACGCGCUGUGAACCUGACAUGGAACCGACCAACCCAGGAAGGUACUGGCGAUGACGAAGUGCUGCUUGAUGUUGUAGACGAGGACCCGGCUAUCCAAUGUUCGCAAGAUGCACUUGCGGCUUGGUGGUCGAGUCAUCUUUUGCAAACCGCUCUUCUCAAUUAUUUCGAAGCAAGCGAGAAGGGUCCUGUUUCCAAGGCAAGUCGCGAUGCAUUCAAAGAGAAGAUCCGUAUGUCUCUUGAUGUGGCCCCAGAGCUUUCCGCCGCGCAUACUCGGGCACUUGUGAUGAAAGCAGUAUUCUUUGAACAAAAUCGCAUCGAAAAUGUUGGGGCAGUUCUUGCCGCGCUACCGAAAGAAAAGAGAAAGGGAAGUCAGAGCCAAUCAUCCAACUUUCUUGAUUCCUCUCUGCCCGUGUCGGUGCGGGACGAAAUAUCCAUUGCGGUGCGCUGUGCUAUGAUUGCUACCAUUGUCACCGAACGAUCAAAAAAUAACGCCUCCUCACUACCCGAGUCCUUUACCGUUCAAAAGGCCAUCACUUGGUUUAAUCAGCUUCCGAUCGAUCCAGUCGAGCUUUCUCUCAUCGGGUUCUCGUCUGUCUAUCAUCUCCUACACCUCCUCGCCUCUGAUGUGGAUUAUAUUGCGUCAUCUGAUUCAUCGUCCCCUUCGACCCCAGUCUCCGAGGCCACGUCCGCCGACGAUGAAGCCGAAGAAAAGACCCGUCCGACCCAUAAAUUCUCUAUUUGCCCCCGUGACAUCCCCAAUCUCGGGCGAGUAUCAGCAGAACUCAUAUAUUGGGCUCGAAAUGCCUAUACCCCGGCUUUUUACGGCUUUUCAACUACUCUUGUAGAAGUCAUCGUCAAUUCGUGCACAGAAAUUUGCCAAAAUGCGGGCAUCAACGUCGAUGACUUUGUGCACACCACACCUGACAGAGCUCUGUCUAAGAAGCGCAGGACACGUCGGCGCAAGGGAGAACCACAGUCAUCUGAAAGCGAUGCCGAUCAAGAUCUAGUUGAUUAUCCUGCUCAAAGACCUUUUCUGCGCCGUGAGCGGUCCGCUAGCAACGACACUGGGUAUGGCAGCCUUUCUGUUGAAGAAGAUGGACAGCCAACACAACUUCCUCCAGUCCAUAUGCAGGAGGCGCCCCGCUGA